AUGUCAUCGAUGAGGUGUCUCCAUCCCUAAUUUAUCGUCCAUUUGGUCAAAGUCACCACGCGUAUAGUUUUGUUUUGUUCUUAAAUUCUAUCGAGUCCCUAAUACAACUUCAAAAUGGUUAGGGAGAACAAGGCAGCAUGGAAGGCUCAAUACUUCAUCAAAGUUGUGGAACUGUUCGAUGAGUUCCCAAAGUGCUUCAUUGUGGGCGCCGACAAUGUUGGCUCCAAGCAGAUGCAGAACAUCCGUACCAGUCUGCGUGGCCUGGCUGUCGUUCUUAUGGGCAAGAACACAAUGAUGCGUAAGGCCAUUCGUGGUCAUUUGGAGAACAAUCCUCAGUUGGAGAAGCUGUUGCCGCACAUCAAGGGCAAUGUUGGCUUUGUGUUCACCAAGGGUGAUCUGGCUGAGGUCCGCGACAAGCUGUUGGAAUCCAAGGUGCGUGCUCCUGCACGUCCCGGUGCCAUUGCUCCGCUGCACGUCAUCAUCCCAGCGCAGAACACUGGCUUGGGUCCCGAGAAGACCAGUUUCUUCCAGGCUCUGUCCAUCCCAACCAAGAUUUCCAAGGGUACAAUUGAAAUCAUCAACGAUGUGCCCAUCCUCAAGCCCGGCGACAAAGUGGGCGCCUCCGAGGCCACUUUGCUCAACAUGUUGAACAUCUCUCCGUUCUCAUACGGUCUGCUCGUUAGCCAGGUGUACGAUUCUGGCUCGAUCUUCUCGCCCGAGAUUCUGGACAUCAGACCCGAAGAUUUGCGCGCUAAGUUCCAACAAGGCGUUGCCAAUCUGGCUGCCGUCUGUUUGUCGGUUGGUUACCCAACAAUCGCUUCGGCUCCACACAGCAUUGCCAACGGUUUCAAGAACCUGCUGGCCAUUGCUGCCACCACCGAGGUGGAGUUCAAGGAAGCCACCACCAUCAAGGAGUACAUCAAGGAUCCCAGCAAGUUCGCUGCUGCUGCUGCCGCUUCGGCUCCAGCUGCUGGCGCUGGCGGUGCUGCCGACAAGAAGAAGGAGGAGGCCAAGAAGGCCGAGUCAGAAUCCGAAGAAGAGGAUGACGAUAUGGGUUUCGGUCUGUUCGACUAAGCAAAGUAGCCCCCGACGUGCGCUCCUAGCAGCAAUUUCUAUGUUUACGUCGAUUACAGCUCAGCUAAUUGUAAAUUAUUGUCGCGGUCUGACACACCCAAUGGCAAGUUGCAUUAACAUGGAGCAUAUAAUACCAAUAAAAUUGAUGUAAACAUAAA